GAACAAGCAGCACGUCUGGUUGAGACGCAAAGCUGUUGUCAUGUCUGCAGUCCUAGCACGGCGAGGCUUAGCUAGGUACCAUUAUAUUGAGAAUUUAGGAAAAUGAUUUGAUAUUUUGCAUCGGUUUUUAUAUACAUUUUACUUGACCAGAGAGCAGGUAUACUCAGUACAGGAUGGGGAGUGUGUGUAGAGAGAUCGUGACCAUACAGCUGGGACACUAUUCAAACUUUGUCGGGACACAUUGGUGGAAUUUACAGGAUGCAUCCCUGUUUUAUGAGCCGGAGUCCGGGGCGCCGCCUAGCGAACUUCAGAGUGAUGUCUUGUUCCGGGAGGGCUUGACGCUAGGGGGGCAGAUCACCUACACCCCCAGGCUCAUUGCCAUGGACCUCAAGGGAAGUCUCCAAACUCUGAGACAGGAGGGCAGCCUGUAUGAGACGGGAAACGACACCAGUGCCUUCACGUGGGAGGGGCCAAUGAUGACCCACAAGGAAAGCCCCCCAACAAAAAACCCCUUUCUCCUGGAUCUGGACAAACUGGACGAGGGGGAGAUUCUGGCCAAACCCGAGUUCAGCACACCUCAGCUGCCGCAGUGCUCAGGGGCCGUUGCCGUGCCGACGGUGAACAGCACUCUGGAGCACGCUCAGAAGCGCUACAGGCUGGAGGGCAGCGUGAGGGUGUGGUCCGACUUCCUGAGGAUCCACCUCCACCCCAGAACCAUCUGCGUCAUCAACCAGUACAACCACGACGGAGAAUCGCAGCGCUUGGAGGCGUUCGGCCAGGGGGAGGCGCUGUGCCAGGGCGUGGUGCUGGAGGAGCUGGAGGAUCGGCUGCACUUCUUCGUGGAGGAGUGUGACUACCUGCAGGGUUUUCAGGUGCUGUGCGAUCUUGCAGACGGCUUUUCAGGCUUGGGGUCAAAGGUCACGGAGCUGCUGCAUGACUCGUAUGGAGGGCGGGGCAUCCUGACGUGGGGGAUGGCCCCUGUCAAUCAUCCAGACUCGAGUCCAGUGAAGGAGUUCUACCACCUGAUGAACUACGCCUUGGGAACAAUCAAUCUGGCCAAUCACAGCUCUUUCUUCUGCCCUUUGACCCUGAGAGGGGGGUUGGGCAUACGGCCGACUGCGCCCACCUCCUUUCCCCACCUGAACUACGACCCCACUCUCUGGUUCCACUCCAGUGCGGUUCUUGCUCUGGCCCUGGACUCCCUCACCGUGCCCUACCGGCUCCAGCACCACAGCGCCCCCAUGUGGCAGAUGGCGGACGCGCUGGCCGUCUCCGGGAGGAAGGUGGUGGCUGCAUACGGGGCCGCCCCCUUCCCCAUGACGCAGGGCAGCUGUCUCCCCGACGCUCUGGCCGGGUACACGGACACGUUGCCAUGGAAACCCCUAUCGGCUUGCUCGGAGCUGGGUGACGGACGCUGUUUCGGCCAAUCGGUGACCCUGAGGGGCCUGGAGGGGCAGAACCUCGUCAGCCCGCUGACCCCGGGGACGGAGCCCCCCACCCCCCUGCACAGCUUCCGAAGCGGAGAGGACGUGCUGACCGGCUUCAUGAGGAGUCACUACCCCUCCUCUCCUCUGGCAGUGCAGCUGCUGUCCCAGCCCAGUAAGCUGACCCCUCCCUUCCCCCAGAUCUUCAGCCGGUACCUGGACUCCCAGGGGCUCCUGCGCCCCCAGAACACGCCCCCCAACAUCGUGUCCAGCCUCCCCGUGCUGACGUCCCUGCAGUCCUCCCCGGCCCUGGGGCCCUUCCUGUCGGAGCUCCAGCGCGGGGCCACGGCCCUGGACCCCCGCCGGGUGGCCCCCAGCUUCCUGUCCCAGGGGCCCGAGAUCGGGGAGAUGCAGGAGGCCCUGGAGCAGCUGCGCACCAUGGCGCACUGUUACCGUGACGACAGCGGCGGGGUCCUGCGCUCCUCCUCCUCCGAGGAUGAUGACGAUGACUGAUGCGCCUCUUUUGAUGACGAAGAAGGCAUCUCCUUAUCCUCCCCCCUUCCCACCCUCUGCCGCAGUCGCAUUCCGGAAAUUCCCCUCGGCUUCCCGUACGGUGGGAGAUCGAGGAAGGGUGGUCUCAUGCAGUCAUGAGCUAAGCAUAAAGACUGGAGUGAUGGAGAGAAAGAAAGAAUGGCUUUGAAGGGAUGGAAAGGAGUGAUGAAGGAGAGAGCAGAAACAUUAUGACAGAAGAGUGUCUCCGUCAGAAUAGCACUGCAACGCACUCCCGCGAAACUGUAAAUAAACGUACUUUGCUAAAACACAA